AUGAGGUUCAAUCUCUCUAUUCUUUUGAACGGCGUUCCAUUUGCCCUUGCCCAAAUCUUGGCAGCUCAAGACGUUGUGAUUCCAGACAAAUACAUCAUCAGUCUGAAGGCGAAUAUACCCGAGACUGCUGUUGAAAACCAUCUCAGAUGGGUGCAGGAAGUCCACAAGAAGCGGGAUUUAUCCCGUCGCGACCUCGUCGGAGUUGAAAAGACCUUUGAUAUCGGCUCCUUCCACGCUUAUACGGGUUCUUUCGAUGAAGAAACCUUGACGGAGAUCCAAGCAAAUGAAGUCGUCGAGCGUGUGGAGCCAGAUACUUCCAUCUAUCCGUUUGAUGUUGUGUCCCAGCAGCAGGCGACAUGGGGUUUGGGCACCAUUUCACACGUGGCCCCUAUUGAUGCGAAUGCCAGCCUUAGGGAUGGAUUUGAAUAUCGCCACGACGAAAACGGAGGAGAAGGUACGUUCGCAUACGUGAUUGAUACUGGUGUCUGGAUCGACAACCCCGACUUUGAAGGGCGGGCCGAACUAGGAUACACAGUAUUCGCGGACAUCCCUUUCGAAGAUAGCACUGGCCAUGGCACGCAUGUUGCUGGCACUAUUGCGUCCAAGACAUGGGGAGUUGCGAAGAAAGCGCGUAUCAUUGCAGUCAAAGUAAUUGCACCUGGCCGAGACAACGGAGACGCCGAGGCUAACAUAUACCUGCAGGGUGUCAUGUCGGACUUUAUGGAUGGAUUCUCUUGGGCUGUGAACAACAUCACGUCGAUCCCUGGUCGUGCUGCAGUGUCAGUGAUCAAUAUGAGCCUGGGCGGCCCAAUCAACUAUGCAUUUGAUAGCCUGGUGCACGCAGCAUCUGAACAGGGAAUUGUGUCAGUCGUCUCCGCCGGCAACGCUGGUGUUGAUGUGAACCGCAUAUCUCCAGCGGGAGUAGUCAGUGCUAUCACGGUUGCAGCUAGCGCUGCAAACAAUACUGUUCUAAGCUACAGCAACUUCGGGUCUAAAGUUGACUUGUAUGCUCCAGGAGUUGACGUGUACUCGCUGUCAUUAGUGGAAGGAAAGGACGUAGCAUUGACUGGCACAUCUAUGGCCUCGCCCCACGUUUCUGGCCUGGUGCUGUACCUGAAGAGCCUGGAAGGAGGCCUAGAGUCUGUUGAGGCAGUGACUGCCAGAAUCUUGGAGCUGGCCAAGCCGGACGUCAUUGAUGGAGUACCGGAGUACACGCCCAAUCUGCUCGCAUACAACGGAGUCGAAGCAAGGUUGUAG